ACAGCAUGCGCGAGCUUAGUGACCCAAACCAAAACCGGAAGGGAACGUCACUGUCUGCGCAUGCUUGUGUGCCCUUUUCCAGGGAUAAACAUCCAAGAUGGUCAACGUACCGAAGACACGCAAGACCUUCUGUAAGGGCAAGAAAUGCAAAAAGCAUACGUUGCAUAAAGUAACCCAGUAUAAGGCUGGCAAGGCUUCUCUCUAUGCGCAAGGUAAAAGGCGUUACGACAGGAAACAGAGUGGUUAUGGUGGUCAGACAAAACCAAUCUUCAGAAAGAAGGCCAAGACCACCAAAAAGAUAGUUUUGAGAAUGGAGUGCACAGAAUGCAAAUACCGCAAACAGCUGCCAAUCAAGCGCUGCAAGCACUUUGAGUUAGGUGGUGACAAGAAGAGGAAGGGCCAGAUGAUCAUGUUCUAGAAAAGUUGAUUAUGGAAAUAAAUGGUGAAUGACAGA